GCCACAAGAACCAUAAACAUUAAACCUUAUUACCUCAAAAUCUUGUAUUUAAGAGCCUGCAUCAGUCUUCUUCAUCACACCGUCUCUGCCGAGCUUUCUCGUCCGUUCUUUGAUCAACGCAUAACUCCGACAUGAAGACUGUCAUCGCUCUUCUUCUCUGCGCCCUGGUGGCCAGCGCCAUGGGAGGUAACCUCUUGGGAGGUUAUGGCUAUGGUUACGGUUUAGGCCUUGGCGGCUUGGGUGGUGCUGGCUACGGCGGUCUUGGCUACGGAGCCGGCUAUGGCGGUCUUGGCUACGGAGCCGGCUAUGGCGGUCUUGGCUACGGAGCCGGUUAUGGUGGUCUUGGCUACGGAGCCGGUUAUGGCGGACUUGGCUACGGAGCCGGUUAUGGCGGCGUUGGCUAUGGCGUCGGUGUCGGCAAAAGGGGUUAAAAUGUCGGAAAGGAGUUGUCUAUCCACUCUGAUUUAAUAAAUACGCGGUGAUCAGAUAA